GGCUCGCUUUGUUUUUCUUUGUUUAAUUCCGCUGGCGCGCUGCUCGGACUUCCAAAUGAGGCACAUGUGUGCUCUUCAGAGCUAAAACAGAACUGAAGAAGAAGAAAAAAAACUAAAAGUGACGAGGAGGAGUGUAGGUGACAGGUGUCUCAAUGGCCUGCGGGCCAUGGCUGUAAAUUGUUAGAAGGAAAUCGCAGAAGAAGAAUAAUAGCAGAGCACUUGAGCGAGAGAAGAGUUUUACACAGAACAUGAGCUCCGUCACAGAGGAUGACAUGGGCGAGAGAGUGGCACACAUUAAACAAGAGGAGUGCGAAUGGGGCACCCCGGGCGAUUUGUGCGUGAAGGCGGAGGACUUUGAAGGAACGGUUUCAGAGUUUCAAGAGGAGUUCAAGGUGGAGACCGUUGAAAUCAAAACCGAGGACGCUGGGGAUUUCUCGGUUUGCCUCGAACUGGAAAAGCACGAAACGGGGAAGAUUUUCAAGCCGAGUACUUCUGAACAAUCACAUUUUCGUUUUCAGCCUGAGCUCGGUAGCAUCAGACAACUGGCUCCACGGUGGAACUGCGUGGAACUGAAAAUGGAGAUACCCGAGUUGGAGGAGAAAUUCACUGAAGGAAAUGGAAGAGAAGCAGAAGAGCUGCAGUCAUCCAUGAAUUUACAGGACAAUGCCAGCUUUUCUACAUCUUCAUUUGCUCAGACAUCUCUUCAAUGCAGACUGCAACAGGAUAAAGAGAAGAUGAAGGAAUCAACAAGAGGAUCAGAGAAUUGGACAGCAGCCUCUUUGCAGUGCGGCUCUCUUCCUGUGUUAGAAGCCGUCAACAUUGGCCAGCAAGAAGGUCACAGCACAUAUCAAGUGGGCUUGUGUGCCGGCCAAGAGUGUGGAAAAACAUUCACCAGCAAAUCUGAGUGUAAAGAGCACAAGUUGAAUGAUGAGAUGCUGAAGCCAUAUUCCUGUUCUAAAUGUGGCAAACGAUUUUCUUUCAGCAGCGAUUUCAAAAGACACACAAGAAUCCACACUGGAGAAAGGCCAUAUGCCUGUUCUGAAUGUGACAAACGAUUCUCUUCCAGCAGCAACCUCCAAGCACAUAAAAAAAUCCACACUGGAGAAAAGCCCCAUUGCUGUUCCGAAUGUGGCAGAAGAUUCUCUUCCAUUAGCAAUCUCCAAACACAUAAAAGAAUCCACACUGGAGAAAAGCCAUUUUGUUGUUCCGAAUGUGGCAAAAAGUUCAUCGACAGCAGCACGCUUCAUAAGCACACAAGAGUUCAUACUGGCGAAAAGCCAUAUGGCUGUGUUGAAUGUGGCAAACGAUUUUCUUGCAGUAGCAAUCUCCAAACGCAUAAAAAAAUUCACACUGGAGAAAAGCCCUAUGGCUGUUCUGAAUGUGGCGAACGAUUUACUGACAGUCGUGGUCUCCAAACACAUAUAAGAACCCACACUGGAGAAAAGCCUUAUGGCUGUUUUGAGUGUGGCAAAAAAUUCACUGACCGUAGCAAUCUUCAAAGACACACAAGAGUCCAUACUGGAGAAAAGCCAUAUUGCUGUUCUGAAUGUGGGAAAAGAUUCUCUAGAAGUAGUGAACUCCGGAAACAUACAAAAAUCCACACUGGGGAGUAGCCCUAUGCCCGUGCUGAAUGUGGCAAAAGCUUAAUUGACAGUUUGGCUCUUCAUAAGCACACGCAAUUUCCUACUGGUUAUGGCUUCGGUAUUAUAGACUGGCCUCAGAACGAUUUACAUAAACUAGACAUAAAAACACUGAAUCCUCUACAUGCACACCAGUCAACAUACAAAAUCCUAAGAAUAUACCUUUCCCUGAUCUGAAGGAGGCAUUGGGCUCAUCAAAAUAGAUUAGCUAUACAGGGCUACAAUCAUUGGACUGCAGACUGCCAUGUACAGAAGGUACAUCAACAUGAAGCAAACCAGUUCAAAUCAGUUAUUAAUCUCCAUUAAAACAUUCAGAAGAAAUAUAGGCAUGACAGAUGUCCCCGCCUUGUGUGCAAACAGGAGCAGUGCAGCUUGCUAGACAGCAAAAUCAAGAAUAACAAAGGGGCUGACAAAUAGAAGAGGAGGAGCAACUGGAAAAACUACAGAUAUGGUGGAAAAUAUGCAAACCUUCUGCUCCACAUAGAUCAAGAGCUAACACAUAGAUGGAUGAGGAGCAAAGAGAUAAAAUCAAGGGAUGAGCACCUGAUAAUGGUCGGACACUACAGUGUCUUGUGCACAAGGUGGUUCAAGGCAACGAUAGAGAAGAAUGAGAAAACCAAGAAGUGCCGAUCCUGCCAAGCAGCAGUGGACACAAUCAUUCAUCUGGUUGCUGGCUGCAAAGUUCUGAUGGCAGAAAUUUUAUAACACAGCUAUACAAUGAAGUUGCCAGAUUACUGCACUGGAAAAUAUAUAAAAAGUACCACAGGUCCAUUAGGGUCUCACUGCAAACCAAAUAACAGAAAACGAGGAGGUGUUAGCCACUUGAAACAGACCAAUAGCAAACCGAAAGAUGUCAGGCAACCAGACAUAGUCAUCAAAGAUAAACUGGCUCAUUGAAGUUUCAGGCCCAAGUGAUUACUCUGUGCUCUGUGCUGAGCUUAGAAAAUAACAUCAAAAUAUCUAAUUAUGCAAUUUGAGAUGAGCCAGAAGUUUAAUAAACCUACUGACAUUGUGCUGGGAUCAAUAGGUCCAUCUAGAUGUCCACAUACCAUCACACCAUAUGAAUUAGAGAGGGACACAUCAUUAGGGACAAUGCAAGUAGUACACUGAGCCCUGGCAGCAAACCUUGGAGAAUAACAACAAUAGACGGGCAAAAAUUACUCUAGAAAAACAACCAUGCUUCUGGAAUCAAGAGGGAAGUUCACUCCUGUUCUGAAAGUGAGCAAACUAAACCACUGUUAAGAAAUUAACCCUAAUAGGUAGCCAUAUAGCUGUGCUGAAUGUGUCAAACGAUUCUUUAGAAUCCCAUAAAAAGUCCCAAUGUUCUACAGUUGUGAAUGUAGCAGAGAUUUUCCCAAAAUAGCAGCAUUCACACUGGACAAAACCUGUAUGGCUGUUCUAAAUAUGCCAAAGGAGUCUCACUUUUAUAAGCAAUUUAGAAUUUACAGUGGAGAGAAGCCUUAUUGCCUUACUGAGUGUGGUAAACGAUUCUUAAACAGCAUUGAACUUCAUAACCAUAAGAGAAUUCAUAUUGGUUGGAGACCUCUUGGCUGUUCUGAAUGCAGUAGGCUACAUCAGCAGGAGUCUUAAUUUGCCACGUGGCAAUUCACACUGGAUAAGCCCUGAAAGGGUAUGGAUAAUGGUCCUUAACCUUGAUAGUUGCUCCAUGGGUGCUGUACACUGGCAGUCCCUGCGCACAGACCUCCAAAGGUCAAGACAAAUUUCUCCUUGAGGAUUAAUAGUUUCCCAGAAAUAGCAAGGUGGGACCCAACACUAAGCCUCCCAACUAAUGGGGUUUUUAAUAAGUACAGGGUGGCGCAUGAAAAACCGAACCAUCUUCCGACUCUAACGUUGACGUACGUUUCUUAGCCCGUACACGACAAUAGCAAUGGGGCCCAAUUCUUUUUGUAGUUUGCAACUAACCCAGUCUUACACCACUUCUUCACCAACUCGUGCAUACUGCUGUUUGCUGGUAGGUUUACCAAUUUCUGUGUGAAAUUAUCCCACAUUUCCUUAAAAGAACCGGUAGACACAUACGCCUCCACUAUUCCAAUCCUCAGUUGCAGAGAAUACAUCUUCUGGAUUUCUUUCGCACACGUCUGUACCCACUAGUUCACAGCUUCGUUACUAAUGCGCAGUUGGGGCUGCUGACCCCGUCGCAACAAUGAGGCUCCGCGAUGGCGACAGCACCCGCCUGUAAAAUAGCUCGAGCCAUCCGGUCGGAGACGGUUCGGUUUUUCGUGAGCCACCCUUUACCUUCAACUAGUGGUCUUCAUUGUCUACAAAGUGUACAAAAUUUCAAGUGAACCUACUUACAGUACGCAGUAUGAAAAGAAUUCAACAGAGUACUGGCAGCCCACCUCCCAGUUAGUGGUAUCUAUGCAUUAGGGCCCGGUGGAGCACCAGAUGGGGCCGUUGUGCAAAAAUCAGUAAUUAGCUUAUCUCAACAGGUUUGGCUUAUUAAAAUAUUUGUAACAAACUCCACUUAGUUUUCGUAGUAAUUCUUUUCUUUCUAACCCGCAACCCACCCAUAUACUCAAAUCAUUUUCUUAGGCAGAAUAGAUGAUGUGAAAUUCUCUUUGCAUGUAGUGCUCCUGGUCUGCUUGUGGCUUGCUGGGCUCACCCUAUUAACUCUGCAGUAAUCGUUUGAUAAGUUCACACGCGUGUUCACGUCUUCAGCCUGAACUUUCACAUUCACCAAGGGCUCUGAAGGCGGCGUCCCACCUUUUCUUUGGCAGAAAAAUCGAGCUCCGUGGUGUCUGCUUCCGUUUGUUCAAACAGCUUCCGGUUUUUCUGUUCAAGGAUUUGCAGCACAAGCCAGUGACGACUAUAGAAAAGUCCAGAACUAUUUAUGUCAAAGGUGUUCAUUUACAAA